GGGAAGCUGUCACCAACGUCGUCGCAUCUCUUCAAGUUGAUUCUUCCACUGGAUCGCCUACAGCUAGAUGGCAAGACCGUAGGAGGACCGCCAACAGUCUUCCUUGUCCAUCCGUCUCAACCACUGUCGCACAUCAGCCGACUAAUUAUCUCCUCGCUCGGCGCGUCUGGAACGCCCACUAUCAGCUUCACAAGUGCCACUCCGCGAGGUCGGCAGCUACAAUGGUCGGAAUCAACUGACGUCGGCGACUUCAUUCGAGAUGCUGCCCGAACAAGACAGUUUGAGCUCAAGGUCAAGGAAGGGGCCGUUGAGAAGUGCCUCCCUGUGGAAGUUCCGUCCUUUGCGGAUCGCACGCGGUUCCUUCGGCGGGGACUUGAAGCAGUAGAAAAGGAGCUCAAGGGCAUGGAGGAGCUCAAAAGGCAGUGCGAUAUGGAAGCACACCGCGGAGCCCGACGGAUGGCGGUCGGAGGACUUGCGAUGCUCGUCGCCUAUUGGGGCACGGUUGCUCGUCUAACGUUCUGGGACCUCGGCUGGGACACCAUGGAGCCGGUCACUUACUUGUCAGGAUUGUCCAUGGUGAUACUUGGCUAUUUGUGGUUUCUAUAUCAAGGGCGCGAAGUGUCCUACUCGUCCGCAUUCGACCGGUCUGUGUCAACCCGCCGGCAGGCCCUGUACAAGGCGCGCGGCCUCGAUAUUGAUCGUUGGGCGGAUCUGAUCACGGAAGCCAAGUCGCUACGCAAGGAAAUCCGCAAGAUCGCCGAAGACUACGAUGAGCGCCGGUGGCAAGAGCGCACCGAAGAGCGUGAGCGCGCCGAAGGGCAGGCUCAGAAGGAGGUCAAGGAGAUCAAACGGGCUUCCCGCGAGACCGAAAAUGGCUCGGGCACCGCGUCAUCACAAUCACCAUCCUCAGCUCGGGACACGGGCGCAUAG